GCGCGCCCGCCCCGCUCCGCUCCGCUCCGCUCCGCCCCGCCCCGCCCCGCCGCCAUGCCCGCCGGCGUGCCCUGGCCCACCUACCUGAAGACGCUGGCGGCCAGCCUGCUGGCCAUGCUGGCGGGGGCGGAGGUGGUGCACAGGUACUACAGGCCCGACCUCAGUAUACCUGAAAUACCUCCUAAGCCUGGAGAGCUGAGAACAGAACUGUUGGGUGUAAAAGCAAGAUCGAGCAAAGCUGAAACAUCCCAGCACUGACCACGCUUUACUUAUGUUAUGAAAACUCGAACUGAUAAAGCAUUUGUUCAACUAUCUCGACUGUAGAAAUCCACAUGAAAUAUUCUUUAUGCUUUUUUGUUUCACUGAAGUAGAGUUACAGGCAGCAUACAUUGUAAAUAAACGUGUGAUGAAUACUGUCGGAAGUCCAAUCAGUUGUUUACCAAAGAGCGUAUGAUUUUUAGUCUUGAUUUGCAGUGUAAAUAUCCUCCAAAAUAAAAGAUGUGAAUUCACA